AAGCAAACCCAAAGCUAUCAAAAAAAGCACAAACCCAAAGCUAGCAAAAAAAGCACAAACCCCAAACGCAUCUUUCUUCUUUUUGCUUCUUCUUCUCAAAAUCCCCAAUACAAUUCCUCCAAGUAAUCCUAUACCCAUUCCUAAAUCUUUAAUCUUCAAUCUUCAAUCCGCCAUAAUCCACCUUCAAUGGACGAAUCCGAAGCAUACCCAAAAGACCAUUUCAAUGGCCGGAGCAGAGCAGAAGAAAUCCAGCGCACAUCCUCUUCCUCUUCGUCGACCACCAGCGUCCACGUUACAGCGUUGGACGGUCUCGUCAAUGUCAAUUCCCUUUUCACAAUCGCUGUUUUUGUAGGACUUUCGCUGACCACACCAGGGCAGCAUAGUCUUGAGAAUUCCUCUGUUUGUGAUGCCGGCAUUGACGUUGCUCGGAAGCUUCUGGUGUUUGAGGUUGUUUCGUUUAGCUUUUUUCUGUUCUCGUCUCUUGUAGCGCAGGGUUUGAAGCUUGCGAUUAAUCUUUUGAAUAGUAAAGAUGUGGAUGAGGCGUUUAGGGCUCAUAUCAACUUGAAGGUUUUGAGAUUGGGGAUGUUGGCUUCUGCUAUUGGAUCUGUUAUGGGAUGCUUGUUUCUGAUGCUGUCAAUGGUGGAUGUUAUUCAAAUUCGGCUUGGGAUGUUGUCUUGUGGAAGUAAGUCUGCUGUUCAUGCUGUGUCUGCUCUUCUUGUUCUUGUUUCCUCUGCCCUUUUGGUCUAUAUUUCUACUGCUAUAUAUGCCUUUCUGCAUUGAUUCAUUCACGCUGAAGAUGAUGAUCAGUGUGAUUUAUAUAUAUAAAUAUAGAACAAAUUGCAAAAACCACCCUGAAGUAUGAUAAUAGUCGGUAGGUCCUCAAAUUUCUACGGUGUUAAAAUUGGACCUUCAAACGUACCAUAGUUGUAGAAAUUGGAACCCCAAAUGAUAAAAUUUAAACUCCAAUUAUGCAAGUUUGAGUUUACAAUUCUAACCCUUAUAAGUUUGAAGAGCUCGAUUUUAUCAUUGAAAGUUUGAGGGUGUAAUUGUAGCUACAAACAUACUUUAGGAGUGGUGUUUGCAAUUUGUCCCAUAGAUAUAUAUGUUUCACUCUUGAGAAUUUCCCACUCCCUUGACUUCCAAAGUUAUACCAUUUUUAUAGCUUCAACAAUUGUGUAAUUUGAGGGUAGAAUUCUAACGGUUGUAUAAGUUGAGGGCAUGCUUCACUCUUGAGGUGUUUCUCUGUUGGACAUCUAUUGUAUUAUUUAGCUCACCUAUCCGUUUAAGUUUUUGGAGUUUAAUGUGAUAACUCCUAGUUUAAACUUUUGGGUUCCUAUGUUCAAAGGCUUAGAAUGCCCAACUUAAAUUAAGCUUUGGGAUUUCUAUUUCUCAUGGUUUUGAGUAUGUAUAUUGUUAUGAGAAUGGCCCUCUUUAUACAUUGUCUACUUUUUUAGUA